UGUUUCUCCAGGUGUUCUGACGUGACAGCCCUGCCUGCUGGCUUCACAGUGCAGGCUCCAGAGCUCCUGCAGUCCAGCCUGGAGUUUGCUCACAGCCAGGCACAGACGGAGCACAGUCAACAGCCCGGCCAGGGCAGAGUCUCACCCUGUGGAGCAGCUAUCAACUGGUACACUGUGUCGGAUCAGCCACUAGAUGUCACUGCUAAUGGAUACAGACAUGGAGUGACCAAAAAGGCUCGGGACACAGCAAAAGCACGGUCUCUUAUUUGUAAAGUGGAACUUUUUCAGUCUUUCCUGUCACUGCUGGCUGCCACUGCCAAGUCCGACCUCCCUGAAUCUCUAAGGUAA